AUGGCCUUUGCAAUGAUUGAUCUCAUGCCAGCUUUUACCUUCAUUCAUGCUGUCAUCACUGGGAUGGAAAUUCUAGAUUUGAGAAUUACCAGUAGACAUGCGAACAGUGGUGUCAAUCUCAGGGGCAAAGUGCUUCCCGCGAGCAGAGGGAGGUUGCUGUCGGCAAGGUUGGGGUGGCUGACCAGGAUGGGUGGGUGGGGGAGCUUUGGUUGA